CCGGUGAACAGCUGAUCCUCCGCAGUGGAUAAACCCCGAGUCAUGAUUUAUGAUCGCGAUCAGCGCCGCGCGGCACUAUGUGAAUAGUCUUCAUCGGAGAAGUAGAGAAUAACUUUGAGGAAAGCAGCAGAAGUUUAUUUUUGGAGCGUGUUUCUGGAGCUCGGAGUGACGCUUCAUCAUGUUGGUGUCUCUAUUGCUGUUCUCCUUCUCUCUGCUCCUGAGCUACCUGCCGCAGGCCUCCGCACAGAAGCCGGGCUCCCGGUGGCUGAUCGGGGACAGGGACAGUCACUGUGGGGUGAUCUGCUCGCGGACGCAGGGGAAGCCGGUGUGUGGCUCGGACGGGCGGAUCUACGAGACGGGCUGCGAGCUGCAGAGAGCGCGCUGCAAAGACAAAACGCUGACACUCGCACACCGCGGCCGCUGUCGAGGUAAAAACUGGGUUAAAAUCGAUCAGCUGCCGGUGGCUCCAGCACCGACGUCUUCAUCUGAGGAGACGAGAGACCUGGAGGUCAAAGAUGCGGGUCAGUCCAAGUGUCGCGUUGAGAGGAGCCAGGCUCUGGAACAAGGCCGGAGACCUCAGGAGUCCAUUUUUGUCCCAGAAUGCAACGAGGACGGGACGUUUGCACAGGUCCAGUGCCACACUCUGACAGGCUACUGCUGGUGUGUCACCGGUGACGGAAAGCCAGUGAGUGGCUCCUCACAACACAACAGGACCCCGGUGUGUUCAGGAAACUUCCGUGAAUUUAUGGGAACUCAUGCUGGGACGAGUGGAUUGUCAGGGUCAGUAACCGACAGACCACCGGGGCCGCCGCACUCUGGUAGAAAAGUCUCUUUCCGUUUCUUUCUCACUCUCAACCCAGAUGACGGCUCCAAGCCCACGCCCACCAUGGAGACCCACGUCCCCCCCGAGGGUGACGAGAUAACUGCUCCAACGCUGUGGAAAAAACAUCUGGGCCCUAUCGACAAUAAACAGAACAGCUCCAGCUCCAAGAGACAAGAGAAAGUUCCCUCUUGUGACCAGGAGCGACAGAGCGCGCUGGACGACGCUCGGCAGAAUCCUCGAGAGGCCAUUUUCAUCCCGGACUGCGGCCCCGGGGGCCUCUACAAAGCAGUCCAGUGCCACCAGUCCACAGGCUACUGCUGGUGUGUGCUGGUGGACACGGGCCGGCCCAUUCCUGGAACGUCCACCAGCCAUGUUCCCGCUGUCCUCUCCUCUCUGUGUAACAGGUACCAGACGCCGGAGUGUGACGGCGCCGCCCGCUCUCACGUCUCAGACACUGAGGAUCCCUUCCUGGUCAAAGACCUGCCAGGCUGCCCAGAGGGGAAGAAAGUGGAAUUCAUUACAAGCUUGUUAGAUGCCCUCACCACAGACAUGGUGCAAGCCAUAAACUCACCGGCCCCCUCUGGUGGUGGGAGGUUUGUAGAGCCAGACCCCAGCCACACCCUCGAGGAGCGGGUGGUGCACUGGUACUUCAACCAGCUGGACAACAACGGCAGCCAGGACAUCAACAAGAAGGAGCUGAAGCCCUUCAAGAGGUACCUGAAGAAGAGGGCCAAACCCAAGAAGUGCGCCCGCAAGUUCACCGACUACUGCGACCUGGACAAGGACCGAGCCAUCUCCCUGCAGGAGCUGAAGGGCUGCCUGGGCGUCAGCAAGGAGGGAAGCUCAACGACAAGCCAAGGGUCGAGGCAAGGGACCAAACUGAUCAUAGGUCGUCUGGUGUGAGCAGAGGAGGAUCCCGGAGCUGAGCCGAGAGCAGAGGGCACAGAGGGAAGGCAUCUGUACGCUUGCUGACAGGAAAGAGAAAGAUGGAGCAGGAAAAUUAACAAGUUCCAGAUAAAAACAAGAAAAAAAAACAAGCGGCGCCAAAAUAUUUGCACUUUCUCCUCCCUGUGUUUGACUUUUUAUCUGUUUGUGUGAGUGGUGUUUCUCUGGAAGUGACUGAAAGAGGCCGAGGUAAGAAUGAGGAUAUAUUGGAAACAGGCUCACCACUGGAGGAGGUCUCCACGUUUUGUGUUUAGUCGGCCUCACAACAGGCUCAUGUCAUGGCUAUUACAUUCACAUUCCCCCUGGUACAUACAUGUAUAGGAGCCGGUGGGAGCUCAGUCAGGAGGAUGCUCAGAGGGAGGAGCUCAGAUAAUAGAUCCACCCAAAGGACUGAUGUGUGUGUGAGCAUUAACGAGGGGCUUGUAUGACAAUUCAACUGUGACCAUGAAGUCCCCCCCCCCCCCCCCCCCCCCCCACACUGUACAGAUAAAUUAACAUUUUGGCAAAAAAAAAGAAUAAGUGUGAACAAAGUCUGACGUGUGUUUCUGUUCAGUGGUAAUAACCUUAAAACACGGUUAGUGAAAGUGUACUUGUUGUGCACCACCAACAUGUUCUUAGCAUGUUGUUGUUUUUCUACUUUUGUAUAAAGUCUGUGCUAACGAGGAAUGGGCUUUCUACAGUAGCUGGUUUUAGUGACUGUCCGUAUUUCUACAGAAAGAAAAACACCAGGCAGUCAGAGCCCACUGCAUCAAAUACACAAUGACUUAUGGAUCCUAAAAGGAAUAUUGAUUAGUGCUUUAAGUUCAAACCAUCAUGACUAAAAAUCACAUACAUAUCGCUUUGUGAACGCUGAAUGAAAUAUCUCCUUCACACACAUCUUCUUAAAGGGGAACAGAUUAGUGUGUCAUCAGCAUGUUUUCUGCACAAAAUGCCUUUUGUUCUUUUUGUACUUUUGUAUAAAGUUUGUGCUAACACGAAAUAGUCUUCCUACAGUAGCUGGUGUUAACUGAUGUCCGGAUUUACAUCACUGUCCUACUGUCUCUAUUUUUAUAGAAAAACCACAUUUUAAUCAGCAGUCAGCGCCCACGUUGUAAAGUGUGUUAUUCAAACUGAAACUCUUAUUCAUACGGCUUUAAAUUCAAACCACAUGAAGGAACGUGACUAGUGAACGUGUGUUUUUGUUCAUCACAUUGCAAAGUACUUCUGUGCAACCAGAAUGCAAUGCAGGGCCGGUAUGUUGUAUGUUAUUAGCAUGUUGUGUGCACACAAUGCAUCGAGGACUUCAUUGUUUUUGUAUUUUUGUAUAAAGUUUGAGCUAACACGAAUAGUAGUCUGUCCGGAGCUUACAUCAUUACAUCACUGUCCUACUGUCUCUAUUUUUAUAGAAAAAACCACAUUUUAGCUCAUUUUUAAAUCAGCACUCAGAGCCCACGUUAUAAAGUGUGUUAUGAAUACUGAAACUGGCUUUAGGUUCAAACCACAUGAAGGAAAGGGACUAAAACAACGUGUUUCUGUUCUUCACAUACCGCUGUGCAAAAAGCUAGACGUCAGAACUUCGUUUCCUAACUCAGAAGUACUUUUGUGCAACCAGAAUGCAACGCAGGGCCAUAAUGUUGUAUGUUAGUAGCAUGUUGUGCGCUCAAAAUGCAUCGAGGACUUCAUUGUUUUCGUACUUGUGUAUAAAGUGUGAACACGAUCCAUCACAUCACAGCCCUACUGUCUAUAUGAUUAGGUCUUUCUCCUCCGGCAAUGAGCCCCCACAUACAUCCAAUAAACAACUAAUGUGUAAAAUGUGUUAUUAAUAAUAAAGUAAUGUUGAUUGAUAGAG